AUGAAUCCUGACGACGACGAUCGGUCUUCAUCGACCCCGACCGCCGCAUCGAAGUCAGUAUCCGGUCAAGACAAAGACAAGCCCCGCCUCACCGACCAAGAGAAGAAGAACAACCAUAUUGCUUCCGAACAGAAGCGCCGCGCAGCCAUUCGCGAGGGCUUCGACAGACUUACGGAAUUGGUGCCUGGCCUCGAGGGCCAAGGUCGCAGCGAAAGCAUCGUGCUGCAAAAGACAGUCGAGUUCAUGCAUUUGAAACUUCAAGAGCGCCAAAAUCUGAUUGCCGAGGUCGAGAAAAAGGGCGGCCGGGUAGAUGAUUCAUUGCGGCCUACAUAG